ACCAGGAAGUGGAUGUCGGAGAAAGCAUGGCGGCGCGCUGUGUUCUGCAGUCCGCAAGGGCAGCGCUGAGGUCCGUUCAGAGCGAUCUCAGCAGUAAAGGUUUAUUUCAGAGGAUACCGGCUUUCUCACAGCUCUCGUUUUUAGGGAGUGCGCCGUGUCGCGGACUUAGACAUGUGGUGGAGAAGAAAGAUGGCAAAACGACAGUUAUAGAGGGUGUUAUAGAGCCUAUAUCUGAACGACCACAGCCUCCCAACCCCACAGCUUCCUGUCCCAUCUACAGAUGGAACCUACAAAACAAGUACAACUACACCGACGUCCUGUUACUCAGGCAGUUCAUUCGCUCGGAUGGCGGGAUGCUCCCUCGGCGCAUUACAGGCCUCUGUGCUCAGGAACAUACCAAGAUAGCAAUUUGUGUACAAAUGGCCCAUCGUGCAGGUCUUCUACCAGAUCAUAAACCCCCCUUACCUGAUGGCCAUGUUCCAAAACCUAAGCCCAACCCACCUCUCAACCGGUAUCUGACACGUUACUCUGUGAAGUCUGUGAGGCCCAUCUACAAGACAGGGCUGAAGUGGUGUAAGAAGAGAAUGAGUGUAGGACACCCUGCUCUGAAAAACAAUGUCAGAUACAGCCCCAAACCACUGUACAUAAAGCACUGAUGGAUACUCGCAAUCAAAA